AUGGUUGGCGGAAUCGCACGUCUUCGUCUUUCUGAGGAGCGCAGAUUAUGGAGGAUGGAUCACCCACAUGGGAUUGUAGCUAGGCCUGAAACUGGUCCAGAUGGGUCUGCCAAUUUGAUGGUGUGGCAUUGUUCUAUCCCUGGAAAAACUGCGACUGACUGGGAAGGUGGCUUCUAUCCAAUGACAAUGCACUUUAGUGAAAACUAUCCUUACAAGCCACCCAAAUGCAAGUUUCCUCAAGGUUUCUUUCAUCCUAAUGUCUAUCCAUCAGGAAAAGUACGUCCGCAGUCUAUCCUUAAUCAGGACCAUGGGUGGAGUCCUGUCAUUACAGUUAAACAAAUUCUAAUGGGUAUUCAUUAUUUGCUUGAUUGGCCAAGCACUAAUUAUCCAGCACAAAUAGAAGGUUAUAAUAUAUACAUACAGGAUAAUGUUGAGUAUAAGAGACGAGUGAGACAGCAGGCUGAGCAGUAUCCAACUCUUUUCUGA